AGUACUAUAUAUAUACCCUUUAAUCCCUUCAGACAAACAUAUUCAAGGACACCAACAAAAUCUCACAUUUUGGCAAAGUAGAGUUAAUAGUUCCCUCAGCUAUUUGGCUGCCCCAUUUGCCUGUUGGCAUUGUGCUCAAUGGGGCUUCAGUCACUUUGUGGCAGAGUCCUUUUGGGAUUCUCUGUCUCUUUAUUGCUGUUUGCUGUGACUUUCUGCUAUGCUGUUGACAAGACAAUCCAGGUUGUUGGAACUGGGGAAUGUGCUGAUUGCAAAGAGAGUAACAUAAAGACCACUCAUGCCUUUUCAGGGCUUCGUGUAACCAUCGACUGCAAGGUUGAAAAUGGAGAAAUCAAAACAAAAGGAGAAGGAAAACUUGACAAAGAUGGCAAAUUCACGGUCUCACUUCCACAAGAGAUGGUAAAAGACGGCAAAUUAAAAGAAGAUUGCUAUGCCCAACUCCAUAGUGCAUAUGCUGCACCAUGUCCAGCACACAAUGGCAUAGACAGGUCCAAGAUUGUAGUCAUCAAAUCUGAAAAUGAUGAAAAACAUACAUUAAAACCAGCUGGAAAUCUAAAGUUCUCUACAGCCUUGUGCACUUCUGCUAUCUUAUGGCCACACUAUAAAUAUCCACCAUUGCCAAAGUUACCACCUUUUCCCAAGAUUCAUUCUUGGAAAAAGAAACAUUACCCUAACAUGUAUUUACCUCUACCCCCUAUUCAUAAUAAACCUUUCCCUCCCAUUUACAAGAAGCCAAAUCCUCCUUCAAUUCCUAUCUAUAAACCAAAACCAAAGGCACAAGUAGUGAAGCCUCCUUCAGUUCCAAUUUACAAACCAGUAAAGCCUCUGCCUCCACCUGUUCCAAUAUACAAACCAAUUCCACCAUUCUAUAAAAAACCAUGCCCACCCCUAUUUCCUAAAAUCCAUAUUCAUCCCAAGCUUCCUCCUUUCCCUAAGAUUCCUCCAAAAUAUUUCCACCACCCAUUGUUCCCACUACGGCCUCCUUCUAUUCCUCACCCAUAGGAGGGUGGCUUUAAAAUAUUUCCUCUUCAGUGAGCAGGCGUAAGCGGAUUCAAGAUUUCAAGAUAGUAGGUGCAACUCUUAAUAUAUAUGCUUAUUUUCAAGUUGUUCAAUAAAUUUUCUAUAUAAAUAUUCGAGUUCGAAGCAGCAGACGCAUGUGCACCAUGCAUAUAUGUCGAACUAGCCUCAAGCAUGUAGGGUUGUAACCAUUUUCAUGUUGAAACAUUAAAAUAGUUAAGUGUUAGUUA